GAGCGGGCACCGAGCGGCUUGCUCUCCCUCCAGUUGACUGAAGCGAGCGAGCCGGGCUCCAGAGCGUCGAGGCGGAAUCUCGGGCCCCCUGGAGUUGCAGCGGCUGCUCUGAGGCCAGCGCAGACAUGGCUCACCUCAGGGGCUUCGCCAACCAGCACUCACGCGUGGACCCCGAGGAGCUCUUCACCAAACUGGACCGCAUCGGCAAGGGCUCCUUCGGGGAGGUGUUCAAGGGCAUCGACAACCGCACCAAGGAGGUGGUGGCCAUCAAGAUCAUCGACCUGGAGGAGGCCGAGGACGAGAUCGAGGACAUCCAGCAGGAGAUCACUGUGCUCAGCCAGUGCGACAGCCCCUACAUCACCCGCUACUUCGGCUCCUACCUCAAGAGCACGAAGCUGUGGAUCAUCAUGGAGUACCUGGGCGGCGGCUCCGCGCUGGACCUGCUGAAGCCGGGCCCCCUGGAGGAGACCUACAUCGCCACCAUCCUGCGGGAGAUUCUCAAGGGCCUGGACUACCUGCACUCAGAGCGAAAGAUCCACCGAGACAUCAAAGCAGCUGCCAAUGUGCUGCUCUCGGAGCAAGGCGACGUGAAGCUGGCGGACUUCGGGGUGGCAGGGCAGCUCACGGACACGCAUAUCAAGAGGAACACGUUCGUGGGCACCCCGUUUUGGAUGGCGCCCGAGGUCAUCAAGCAGUCAGCCUACGACUUCAAGGCUGACAUCUGGUCACUGGGGAUCACGGCCAUUGAACUGGCCAAAGGUGAGCCUCCGAACUCUGACCUCCACCCCAUGCGCGUCCUGUUCCUGAUCCCCAAGAACAGCCCGCCCGUGCUAGAGGGCCACCACAGCAAGCCCUUCAAGGAGUUUGUGGAGGCCUGCCUCAACAAGGACCCCCGAUUCCGGCCCACGGCCAGAGAGCUCCUGAAGCACAAGUUCAUCACGCGCUACACCAAGAAGACGUCCUUCCUCACCGAGCUCAUCGACCGCUACAAGCGCUGGAAGUCUGAGGGCCACGGCGAGGAGUCCAGCUCAGAGGACUCUGACAUUGAUGGGGAUGCUGAGGAUGGGGAGCAGGGCCCCAUCUGGACGUUCCCCCCCACCAUCCGGCCAAGCCCGCACAGCAAGCUGCACAAGGGGUCAGCGCUGCACGGCCCCCAGAAGUCUGCUGAGCCUGCCAAGAGGCAGCCGAGGUCCCAGUGCCUGUCCACGCUGGUCCGGCCUGUCUUCGGAGAGCUCAGAGAGAAGCACCGGCAGAGCGGUGGGGGCGUGGGGGCGCUGGAGGAGCUGGAGAACGCCUUCAGCCUGGCCGAGGAGUCCUGCCCCGGCAUCUCGGACCAGCUGAUGGCCCACUUGGUGGAGCGGGUGCAGCGGUUUUCACACAACAGAAACCACCUGACGUCCAGCCGCUGAAGCCGCCGUGGACGGGGAGCGGGCAGGGUGGCCUUCGUUUUGAGCUCUGUAGGGUCCUCGCUGACUUGGAGCCCUUUGCACCGUGUCACGGCCUCACCGCUGGGUCUCAGCCCCUACCCUGUGCGGAGGGCUGUCCCCCGUCCCUUCCUGGCUGGGCUGAGGUUACAGCUGGCAGCAGAGACCCCCUGGAGAACCAAGUGACCCUGUGGGGGCAGCGGGCUCGGUCCCCUCAGGCCUCCUUGGCAGGGCCGUCCCCUCCCCCAGGCUCACUGGGUGCAGCUGCUUGGAUGGGGGUGUGGAGCCUGUCAGCCCAGCCCUUCCCUUGCCCAGGGCCAUAGUGGCCGUGGAUUUGCCUUGUGGUGUGAGACCAGGUGCCGUGUCUUCUCGUAAGCGCACGCGUCAGCCAGAACAUUUUGUAUUUUAAGAAAACUGAACUCUGCUUUCCUGUAUCUUCCGAAGUUAAGGUGUUGGUCUCACGGGACGUGGAGAGGCUCCUGCCCCUUUCAAUAAACACCUGAAUUGAGCUGCA